AAAAAAAAAAAAAAACCAAAAGAGGAUGAGAAUAAACUUUCCAGGCACUGCAAAACGAAAACUCGUUGCGGGCUCUUCCAUCUUUUGUUCCUAUUAUUCAAUGACACACAUUAUACGAAAGAGCAAUAGUGUGAUUUUCAAACUAUUCAAGAGCCACGAUGUCUUGACCUUUUUGCUGACCAUGACGGCAACCGCUGCCACAUCCUCCUUACUCUAUUAUCUUGUGUUUUCAUCCUCCUCGCCCACCAGAACCAACAAAGCGAGCCGAAAACCAACAAAAGUCGAGGAUAGAAGAGCAAUUAUAUCAAAGAGAAAAAUGUUGGAGAGCCCAGAAGAGCGGUAUGCCAGUUUGAGGAUUGGAAACCGGUUUCUGAACCCUUUUGAAGAAUGGACAGAUAUCCCUUUUUAUAAAACACUUUUCUUCUGGUUACGACGCUAUAAAGGUAAUGGGAUACCUCGAGAUGAAAAGGCACUUGAACAAGCUCUACCGACCCACAAGCCUGAUUUUGAUAGAAUUAAAAAUAAAGAGAAUGGAGUGACAUUUACAUGGUUUGGACAGUCCACAUGCCUGAUGACGAUUGACGGAGUAACCAUUUUGUCAGACCCGGUUUUCAGUAGCAGAUCGAUCAAUAACUAUAUAGGCCCGAAACGAUUAAGGCCGAUUUCUUGCUCAUUAGAAGAGGUGAUACAUCUUGUAGAUAUUGUUAUCGUAUCUCAUGAUCAUUUUGACCAUUUGAAUGAAAAAGCUGUAGAAACCCUGGGCAAUUCAGUGGUGUGGUAUGUCCCUCUCAAUUUAAAACGAUGGCUCAACGCCAGAGCCAUUAUAAAUGUAGUAGAAUUAGACUGGUGGCAGGAAACGUUUUAUCCAUUUUCUGAUCUCAUGAUUGCUUGUGUGCCUGCGAUGCAUUGGAGUGGAUCAAGGACACCUUUUGAGAAAAACAAUACCCUUUGGUGCAGUUAUGUCAUCAAAUCAAAAAACAACACCCUAUUUUUCUGUGGUGAUACAGGGUAUUCUUCGGAUCUGUUCAAGGCGAUUGGCAGAAAAUACACACCGUUUACAUUAGCGGCUAUACCUAUAGGCAGCUUCCUUCCGACGCACUUGAUGCAACACCUUCAUAUGGGACCUGAAGACGCUAUUAAAGCACACUUGGAUUUAAACUGUCCACGUCUCUCUGUCGGAAUUCAUUGGGGAACAUUCAUGAUGUCGGAUGAAUAUUAUCUAGCUCCAAAGCAAAUACUAGAAAAAGCCUGGGCAGAAUGCAAAAGGACCCUACUGGCUCGUGACUCACAGACAGAAGACAGAGUGGGUUCCUCAAGUGCCAUCAUCGCCCCUCCUACUCAUACGCGUGACCCUCCGUCCGUAAGCGAAACAAGGCCUGAAAAUAGCAUGACGGAUCGCGCAGAACAAACAGAGCAGGGUCUUUUACUGACAGAGUUCAUUACAACCGCUUUCGGUCAAACAGUCAAUUUAAUUUAGACAAAUAACAACAGUUGACGUUCAUAAAUGCAGUCUUUAGUAAAAUGUACUUUUUAUUGAUCGGC